CACAAAACCCAGCUUAUGACUUCCCCUGUUUUCAUUCCCUUGAUCUUCCCUUCUUAAUACCCAUGUAAAAUCAUAACCCAAAUUCCCUGAACCCGAUCCAAAGUACUGUUUUUUUUUUCUAAAGGAAAGAACUUUGAGAUAUUAUGAAUAUGGAAGCAAGAGUUGGGGUGGUGGUUGAAGGAGGACAAAUGGCUUUGAAUUCAGCUCACGGAGCUGUCGUCGAUGCCGGGGCUAGAAAGUCUCUACUGCCGCAACUGCAAAAUGGACAUUCUUCAAAGCACGGUUUGAGUCCGCAGAUUGGGACCAUUCAACAGCUUCUUGCUGGUGGUAUUGCUGGUGCUUUUAGCAAGACUUGUACGGCUCCUCUUGCUCGUCUCACCAUCUUAUUUCAGGUGCAAGGAAUGCACUCGGACGUAACGGCAUUGAGCAAGGCUUGCAUAUGGCGUGAGGCUUCGCGCAUUAUAAAUGAAGAAGGGUUCAGAGCAUUUUGGAAAGGCAAUCUGGUUACAAUCGCUCACCGUCUUCCCUAUUCUUCAGUCAAUUUCUAUGCCUAUGAACGUUACAAAAGUAUGUUGCAAUCUAUUCUUGGUCUGGAGAAUCGAAGGGGAAACGUUGGUGCUGACCCCUUUGUGCACUUCGUUGGCGGUGGGUUGGCUGGAAUUACUGCUGCCUCUGCCACAUAUCCACUGGAUCUUGUAAGAACACGUCUCGCAGCUCAGAGAAAUUCAAUAUACUACAGAGGUAUUUGGCAUGCUUUUCAUACCAUUUGUAGGGAAGAGGGUUUUUUGGGCUUGUAUAAAGGACUCGGAGCAACAUUAUUGGGUGUUGGACCGAGUAUAGCAAUAAGCUUUUCGGUAUAUGAAUCUUUGAGAUCGUAUUGGCAGUUACAAAGGCCCAAUGAUUCCACUAUAAUGGUUAGUCUUGCCUGUGGCAGUUUAUCAGGAAUCGCAUCAUCUACAGCUACAUUUCCCAUUGAUCUUGUGAGGAGGCGAAUGCAAUUGGAAGGGGCUGCCGGGCGAGCCCACGUUUAUAAAACUGGAUUGCUUGGUACUUUUCGGCAUAUUAUCCAGUCUGAAGGCCUUUGUGGCUUGUACAGAGGGAUUCUGCCCGAGUACUACAAGGUGGUUCCUGGUGUAGGCAUCGUCUUUAUGACCUAUGAGACAUUGAAGAUGUUUCUAUCAAGCGUUCGUUCCGAUUAUUAGCUUCAUCUUGAACUCCCUUUUCUUCCAUGAACGUUGUGUCUUUAACACUCUAGUCAUUCAGUUCUCCAGAUGAUGAGAAAACCUGAAAGAACAGGGUAGAAUCUAAAAGCAGCCAAGCUAAGAUAGAAUGUUGUAGGUAAAUUUUUCUGUUGUUGCAAUGGAUAUACCUUUUUUUAU